AUGUCGUCAGAAAACAGUGACACUAGGACACUCAACUACCUCAUGAAUUGGCGAGUCUCUCGAAAAGCAACCAGCGAGGAAGCUAAAAAGUGGGUAAGAUACCACAGUUGGGGUAUCGACAUGGGAGUGAAGGGCGACUUAACCAAUCUCAGGUGCUUCAAGGACAAACAUAGACCUCAAGAUUUCGACCAGAUAAAGGACUUUAAGACGAGAGAUGCUGGCCCUCGGCUGUUGCAAUGUUCGGUGGAUGUCCCUGACCUCCUUCCCAUUAGCAGAUACUAUCCUCAUCCACCCCCUGCCACCAGGCUUCCGGCGGAAGGGUUCCACAGGCCCCUCGAUGCUCUAGCGAGCAGGCCAGAUAUACCGAAGGAAGUCAACAAUUCUCCUGAAGAGAUCGAGACAACUACGGCUCAGACCACAGGCAAUGGCACAGGCAACAGAAACCAACACAAGAUACGUCUCCCUAAAGUCAUGGCCCGAUCUGUUAUGGAGGCCAUUGAACGCGCUGUGAUGCAAUUUGCCUAUGAAGAUCUCGCUCGAGAUUACAGUGCUGUUGCUCAGGAUGGUCAGGUACACCUGACUGCGACGGCGGAAGAAGACCUACGGCAAGCCAAUAUCGGAUCCUUUCCCGCAACAUCUCACGUGAAACUUGCUAUAGAUCCUGACAAUAGCGAUAGACUAGUCUUCAGUGCGAACGGUGAUAAAUACCCUUACAGGGGCCGUGGACCCGUGUACCGCAACAAUUCUUCUGGCAUCGACAGUAUCAUUGUCGUCGGCAAGUUGCUCGACGCCGGAUCCACCGUACUGGAUCGCAAAGAUCCCGAAUGGCGCGGGCGCUUCACCAAUGUGGAGAAGGCCUUUAUUGAAGCCACUGAUGUCAAUUGGGAUCUCUGCUCAAGAGGUGAUUCUCGAGAUCGCUUCUGGGCAGUGAUGGCAGCGGAGACCGAAAAUGUCGGAGUGGGUGUUCAAUCUCCUCUCCUUGACAUGUGGAAUGUGUCAACAGAACACUUCGACCAGUUCUUGUUCACGUAUGAUGAGCAAACUACGUUUUGCUCUCCGUGCACGAACAGGAAUACGAAUUCUGCAUACCAGAGCGCAACUGUGGCGCCGCCUACAUGCCCAGAAGAUAUGAAGGGAGUAUCGAUGCAGCAGUUGAUCUCUCGUUCAUUUGCAUCGGAGCACAUCAGUCGCUGCGGCAAAUGCCAAGAUAAAGUGGUGAAGUGUCGGAGAAUGCUGCAUGGCCUACCUAUGCGCUUGACUGUAACUCUUGAUGGCAGUGUGCCCGUCAAGAAACACACCAGAGAUAUCUCCUUCGACUAUAUUGCGAACGAUGGCCAACGUGGAACUGCAGCAUACCGCUGGCUAGGCGGGAUAUAUUACAAGGACGACCAUUAUCGGGUCUAUUGGAAUGACACUAAGCGGGGAGAAGUCGAUACAGGCCAAAUUCAAAUGUAUGAUAGUGCCAUGCUUUCGGGAAUCAUCGUGGGAGGUAUCGCCCAAACACACAGGGACGACAAAGUACCCGAAACGUGGUGGAAGAACAAGCCUGUGCCGCUCCUCAUCUACGAACGCAUCAUGAAUCCAGACGAUGAGGUCAUGAAUGUGGCCUUGCACACGUUAGGCGACAUGGUCAAGGUCAGAAACCAGCAGAAGUUGCUCCUCCAGGGGCAUAUUUCCUGGACCCCCUCAGAACCCCCAAGAGCUCGGGCAGGCUUCCCGUGGAGGCGACUCAUUGAUCGAAAAGAAGACCGCUUCCACCUGGCGUCAGGCGCUUAUGAACCGAAAAGUCAAGACCAGAUAUCGACGAAGCCUUCAGGCGUUGAUCGUCAUGCCAACAUACCCGGCCCAUCCUCAGCUGGCCCAUCGAAAACAGAUGCCGGAUACUUGACGUCUUCGGCAACCGCACCAGAACCACAAUUUGAGAUAGGAAGGGUAUCGCCGUCGUUGUUUGAUGCUCCGACUGCUUCUAUGUUUGCUGAAAUCUCGCCUCUCCUCGCACUUGCCAAGACCCCUUCAUUGUCGGGCCUAGAGUCUAUUAUAGAGGACACCGCGCUGAUCAAUGAACAGCUCAAUGGACCACAUCAAGGGCAGUAUAGCACGCCCAACAAUGUACGAAAUAAUGCACAGUACGUUACACAAUCCAGCUCGCAGCUCCAGGCGGGGUAUAACAUACAACACACUACGCAGCCAAGUGGAAAGCAACAUGGCCAGGCUCAUGGGCGAUACAACAACAAAAGGACGAAUACACAGCACCAGAGCCCGUAUAACGCACAUUACAUUACACAGGCAACUGCGCGGCAACCAAACAGAUAUAACGCACAACAGCAUGCACAGUCAAACGGACAGCAUCGGACGGAGUACAAUACGCAAUACGGCGUACAGCCAAGUACCCAUCCUCAUGAACCGCAUGGCACACUUGAUACAUCAUUUGACCUGCAGGACAUCAUGAACGACGGACUUUUCCAGGAUUGGACUACUGGAGGAAUCGAUGACUUCAGUCUCUGUAUUCCAGAGCUCAGCAACAGCGUAUUUGCCUCACCAAAGCCGAAUCACGCUAACAGUACGCUCAGCGCUCCAGCUCCCGUCGAAAACAACUUCAAAUAUUCUCGUCAGGACAGCAACAAUGGGGGCCCGAUGCCACAGUACAUUGAUCCUAGUGUUUUGACUACAGUCCCGCAGAAUUCAUCAUCACUACCACUGCAGGACCAGCCGAGGCCUAUGGAGAGCCGAAGGCCUGCGUCACACGUUGCACCUGCGGCGGAUGCUCGAUGGCACAGCCACGGGAAUGUAGCUAGCUCCUCCAUGUCGGCGAACCAGACACCGCAAGGGUCAAAAAGAAAGAGAGUUGAUGGGGCAGAGGCACGGCGGUGUCCGCCGAAGUUGCGUUGA